AUGGUGUUUAAGCCAUUCACCCAUCUCGCACGUCAAGCCUUUACAAAGACUUUUGUCCACGGCUACGCUCAGUCCGUAGUUGCCGCAUCCCAAUCGUCCUACGCCUCUACCAACACCUCCCUCAACCAGUUUACGAACCUCCCUGCAAAAUACACACGCACUGCCCAGCUUCAGAACGCUUUCCAGAACGCUUCUGGCUCCUCGAGUGCGGGCUCAAAGACCGGUCAUGGAUCCUCCGGAAAUUCUGGCAGCGACUCCGGCCUAGCUGCCUACUAUGCGGCUUGGCAGCAAGCUCAACAGAAUGGCGAUGAGAACGAUUGGCACCAAUUCCAGUUCAGAAAGCGAAUUGGCUGGAAGCCAUCUUCCCAGGAUGCAAAAGAGAGUGAGGGCAGUACGGAAUCGAACAAAAAUGUGUCCCCCUUAUCCGCAUCGCAAACCAAGGUCGACAUCUCCAGCCACGAUCCCAAGGAGACCCGUGACUUCAGAAAGGUUGAAAGUGUCGCAGUUGACGCUGAUGUAAGCGCGCAGGUUGAUGAGGCCGUUGCGCGCGAAAUUCAACAGAUCCAUGAUGCGGAGGCACUUAGCCAGGUGGAGGAGGAACCAGAUGUUUCGACCGCGGAGUCCACGAAUGGCGUCGAGUCCAUAGAGGCGACCUCCUCUAAGCCCACUCCAGAGUCAUCCCUGGAAGAGCCUUCUCUUGAGCUUGAUGAGUCCUCCAAGGAUGUCGAAAUAUUGAAGAAAGUUCAGGCUCAAUCUGGGCGUGUGAUGCAACUGGCAGAUACCAAACAAUAUUCGCUCGUACCUGGUGCCUUUGAGAGUAUUCUUAAGGAGGGCCUCGUUCCUACUGUUGGGGCUUACAAUGCCCUGCUUGAGGCUGCCAUCCAUCUCCAUACGGAUAUCUACCAUGCUGUCCCCAAGGCCCUUGAUGUGUACUCGGACAUGUUACGCCGUUCCGUUCUGCCCAAUGAACAGACAUACACAAUUCUCGUCCAACUGCUGGCAUCCCGCGCCCUGAAGACCUUCCAGUCGAUCCAGAUCUUGGACGAGCAGCGAGCCCGCUAUGGCGGCAUGGAAGAGGAAGGCAAAUUUAUGUUCCAGUCAAGUGAGGCUGAGCAUGAACUCUUAUCUGAGGAUCAUUCUCUCUCGAUUGCCAUGAAGCUCUUCAAUGCUGCAACUUCGCACCAUGCUGAUAUUUUAUUUCCCCUGGAAACCUAUUGCACUCUCAUCACUGCCUGUGCAAAGAGGGGGGAGGUUGAGCAAAUGAUCAAAAUAUUCGCUCAUAUGGAAACCCAUAAGGUUGUCCCGCACGCGACUAUCUUCCCAUCCAUGAUCGAUGCAUUCGCUGCAAAUGGCGAUUUGAAGAGCGCAGUGGAGUGCUACAAUGAAUAUAAAGCCUUGGCUAUCGCUGACGAUAGCGGUGUAUUCGGCAUCAUCGAGCGCAGGGACGCUGAGGUGUAUGCAGCUCUCAUCAAAGCCUAUCUCUCCUGUGGAAAAGAGGCCGGCGCUCUCCGAUUUUUCGAUAAGAUUAGAUCCUCGUUCGACGAAGUGAAGGAAGACCGAGAAGCCAGAAAGUCUGCCGUGGAGGAUGUUGUUGUCAAGGAUGGUUUGAUGCAGCACGCAAUCAAGACUGGAAGCUUUUCGGAGGCCCUUAAAACUGCUCGGGAAUAUCUCUCUAAGACUGGACUCGAAUCAACAUCGGCCAGGAUCUGUAUGGCAGCUGCUGAUUCGGGAAAUAUCGCUGUUGCAUCCGAAGCAUACGAUCUUCUUCCACUAGAAUCCCCUGCUACUAUGGGUCCCGCAUCGGCAAUGCUUGCUCUUCAUAUCCGUCAGGGACACCUUGCAUCCGCGAAACCAUUCUGGGCUGUUCUCUCCUCUCCAAGCCACGCUACUCCGGACCUUAUCCAUCCGACCGCCAUGUAUACCGUCGCCCUCCUUAAAAGCGGCCAAGUCGAGGAAGGCCUUAUGGAGGCGCGGAAAAUGUUCACCCGCAUUCGAAACUCGGUCGACAGCAAACAAGCCCAGGCUCACCUUCGUGAAGAGAUCGACGAGACUAUCGACCUCCUUGGCCGUGUCAUGAUCGAGUCCUCUGCUGUUCUCUCAGCACAUGCUUCCAUGACCCUCAUCUGGGCCAUGAUCGAGAAUGGUGGAUUGGUUUCGCCUGUUGCAGAGCACGUAAUCGCUAGCCUUGGUCCGUCGGGUAUCUCGCAACUUAGCAUCCAGGACCUAACACUUGCUCUCCAAGUACAGGCCGGAAUGCUGGUCAACACUUCUGAGCUAUUUGACGCUGCCAACCCAGCUCGAUUUGCCCACAUGCUCGAACUUGCGUUGGCUGCUGGGAUCCCAAUGCACACACUGAAAUCCCGUGUGCUCGAGGAAGCUAUUCUUAAGAUCGCUGACAGCCGCCCAGAUUUGGUUCAGAGAUGGCGUGGCUAUGUGCAAUCACCAGUUGACAAUUCCAGCUUCGUGCCCGCACGAUACACCCCGGUUCCCCAACCUUCUCCAGAUUCGAAACCAACGACUCACGAAGAUACUUUUGACCCAUACGCCCAUGCUACCGACUUCCGUGGGUCUGCUGUCAUUGCUGAUAUUCUGGAGAACGCUAGCGGUAGGGCUGAGAACCAACUCAACGAUGCCAUGAUCAAAUUCAAAAAUAUGCGCCGUAUUGGCAGACACCCGCGAUAUAUCACUUAUGCCAAGCUGAUCGCAGCUGCUGCAAAGUGUGGACGCGUGGAUCUUGUGCAUGAGAUCUUGGGUAUGGCUAGACACGACGUGCCACUGAUCCCCCAGUACAAGGUUGUCAAAUAUGGCUGGACAUCGAUUUUGGACGCUAUGGUUGCUGCCAGCUUGACGCUUGGCGAACGCGGCCAGGCUGCCAAGUACCACCAAGAACUUAACAAUAUCGGCUCAGCACCGUCUGCUAAUACCUUUGGCCUCUACAUCACCACUCUAAAGGAGUCGACGAAAACGUUCGAUGAAGCUACCGAGGCCGUUAAGAUCUUCCACCGCGCCAUAUCGGAAGGAGUCGACCCAACAUCAUUCCUCUACAAUGCUCUAAUCGGAAAGCUUGGCAAAGCUCGCCGGAUCGAUGACUGCCUCCUUUACUUUGCCGAGAUGCGUGCCAAUGGUAUCCGACCCACCAGCGUCACCUACGGCACCAUCGUCAACGCCCUCUGCAGAGUCAGCGACGAGCGCUUCGCAGAGGAAAUGUUCGACGAAAUGGAAUCUAUGCCCAACUACAAACCUCGCCCGGCCCCAUACAACUCCAUCAUCCAAUAUUUCCUCAACACGAAGCGCGACCGCUCCAAGGUGCUCGCAUACUACGAGCGGAUGAAAACAAAACACAUCCAGCCCACCAUGCACACCUACAAGCUCCUGAUCGACGCCUACGCCUCCCUCGAGCCCGUCGAUAUGAAGGCCGCAGAGGAAGUCCUCGACACCAUCCGCUCAACGGGCAAACAGCCCGAAGCCGUGCACUUCGCCUCCCUCAUCCAUGCCAAGGGCUGCGUCAUGCACGACAUGGAUGGCGCACGCAAGAUCUUCGACUCGGUCAUCUCCAGCCGCCACGUCCAGCCACAACCAUGUCUGUACCAGGCCCUCUUUGAAGCCAUGGUCGCCAACCACAAAGUCUCCGCCACCGCUGAGCUGCUGAAGCACAUGGUCAGCCGCAACGUGGAGAUGACGCCGUACAUCGCCAACACGCUCAUCCACGGCUGGGCUGCCGAUGGUAACAUCGCCAAUGCGCUGUCCGUAUACAACGGCAUCGGCAUCAGCAAGCGCGAACCUAGCACCUAUGAAGCCAUGACCAGGGCCUUCCUGGCCGCGGAGGAUCGCCAGGGUGCGUCCGGCGUUGUGCAGGAGAUGCUGUCGCGCGGCUAUCCGUCUGCGGUCACUGGGAAAGUGCUGGAACUAGUCGGUGGCGGAACCGCCGGCUCCCCUCCAGCUUAAAAAACGGAGAGCCAUGAGCGAGGCUGGGCUCACUCGCUUCUUGUAACCUCUCACC